AGAGAGAAAGUGAGGAGGAGGAUCUUCCGCCCCAUCACCGAUGUGAAAAGAUCACAAAUGACGAAAAACAACACUGCAAACCGGAGGAAACCAUGACGCAGUUUUAGCCUUGUCGAUUCUCGUGGACGUCGAAUUCGUGAAUAUUUCCCCCCCCCGGCCUGCCAGCCCUGGACGGCAGAGGCACCAUGGUGGAGCAGUCAGACAGAGCCCCGCUACUAGACUGGGAGGAGAUCCCACCGUCGUCCGACCCAAACCAGGCGGCUCAGUCACCACCUGCGGUGCCCAAGGAAACGGAUGCGACGUCGGGCAAAAAAACUUUGGCACCAGUCUGCCUCAAGGUGACAGACAUUGGCAGGAGGAACGACAAUUCCACCGUCACCUGCCGCCCGACAGCUGUUGUUGACGACCAAGAGAGAAGCCCGAUCGGCUGGGAAAAGCUUCCCAGCUACACGCGGGCUCAGCCGAUACCUCCCAUCCCGGAUCUGACAGUGAAGGAUCAGUGGGAAGAGAAAGACCACAUCGUGGCUGUGUUUGUGGUCACCUUCAAUACGCGGUCAGGAAACAUGGUCGAGUGGUGCCUACCACAUGACAUCAAUCUGGAUGGAGUUGAAUUCAAAGCCAUGGCCAGUGGUUCCCAUAGGAUUACCAAUGACUUUAUAUAUUUCCGCAAAGGCUCUUACUUCGGGCUGGCCUGUUUCGCUAACAUGCCUGUAGACAAUGAGCUGGAGCGAGGAGCCAGGAUGAAGUCUGUGGGAAUUUUGUCUCCUUCCUACACACUGCUAUACCGCUACAUGCACUUCCUGGAAAACCAAGUCAGACUCCAGUUAAAGAAUCCAGGCCACUAUUCUCCACUGGAGGCCUUCUAUGAGGACAAGAAGGCCAUCCUUCCACCGACAGGAAACGGACUGGUCACUGUUUGCCCUACCUGGAGUGUGACCACCAUCAACCGCUGUAUGCAUCCGGAAAUGAAGAUCACUCACCCAGCUGGCUGCAUGUCUCAGUUUGUCCAGUUUUUUGGGGAGCAGAUAAUGGUGCUGUGGAAGUUUGCACUGCUUCGGAAGCGCCUCCUCAUCUUCUCCCCACCACCAGUCGGCGUUGUCUGCUAUCGAGUUUACUGCUGUUGCAGUCUGGCCAAUGUCUCUUUGCCUGGAAUUGGAAUGUCUGUGCCUGAAUUACGUCCUUUCUUCUACAUCAACGUAGCUGACAUCCCUGCACUGGAAACAGAGAUGUCAUAUGUGGCCUGCACAACAGAGAAGAUUUUUGAAGAGAAGAAAGAGCUGCAUGAUCUGUACAUUGACAACCAAAAUGUGAAAACACACAGGAGCCAUUUGCUGCCUCUGCUGCGGCUGAAUGCUGCAGAUAAGGAGAGGUACAGGAAACUGAGCGAACAGAGGCAAAUGUUGCUGUACUCUCAAGAGGUGGAUGGAGACUGUACGUCGAAUGAGGAGGAUCUUUUUAUUGUGUUCUUCAUGGAGCUUAAUAACCGCAUCUUCCAGAUCAUUUCAGAGGUUGCAGGUAGUGCUGAUCCAACCCUGACGGCAGAGCAUGUGAGGGCCAUGGGGCUGGAUCCCCAGGGCGAUCGCUGCUUCCUGGUGGAGCUACUGGAAGUGUACGGGGUUGACGUCACUCUUGUUAUAGACAACCUCUGCUGCCACUAGCCUUGGAAAUACUGGAUAACAGUGGUUGUUGGUGACUUGAAGACGCACACACACACAAACAAACACACACACACACACACACACACACACACACAC